CAGCUGUCCCCUCCUUGAUCUCAUCCCUGCACUGCCAUUUUUCGUUUUUGUCUUCACCCCAUGCGUGCAAUCCAAUCUAAAAGUGGGAUCAAACUCAGAUGCAACGUGUGAUCCCUUCAGGGUUAUAAAGGAGCCCAUUGUUUUUCUCUAGUCUCCCAGCAAAAUCCAUUUCCAACAUGAAGAAGCUCUCUUUCUCUUCCCCACCCUUACAUUUCCUCUUCUUCUUCUGCUCUGUCGCCACCCUCCGGUACCUCACUGUCAAUGCAGCCACCUGCCACGUGGACGACGAGGCUGGUCUUUUGGGAUUCAAGUCCCGCAUCACAGCGGACCCCUCCGGCAAGCUCACCUCCUGGAAACCCGGUACGGAUUGCUGCACCUGGCCGGGUAUAAGCUGCCUGGGAACCAACCGGGUCGACAGUAUCUCUCUUUACGGCCAACUGGACAAGCCCAACACCUUCUUAUCCGGCCCAAUCUCACCCUCCCUCUCCAAACUCAAAUUCUUAGGCGGACUCUAUCUCCAAAAUCUCGGAAACAUUUCCGGUCCCUUCCCGGACUCCCUUUUCCAACUACCCGAGCUCAGAUACGUCUACAUCGAAAACAACAAGCUCUCGGGUCAAAUACCUGCAUCCAUCGGCAACCUGACCCGACUUUACGCGUUCAGUCUAGCCGGUAACCGCUUCAACGGGCCGAUCCCGAGUUCAGUCUCCAAGUUGACCGGGUUAACUCAGCUCAAACUCGGUCCAAACCUCCUCUCCGGCCCGAUUCCGUACGGGAUUCGACAGCUCAAGAACCUGACCUAUCUGACUCUCGAAAGAAACCGCCUAUCUGGCCCCAUACCCGAUUUUUUCGGGUCAUUCCCGGAGCUCCGAAUCCUCAAUCUCUCCAGCAACAGAUUUACCGGGAAAAUCCCACCGUCGAUUUCAGCCCUGGCGCCGAAACUGGCCUACCUGGUGCUGGGCCACAACAAUCUCCAGGGCCAAAUCCCGGAUUAUCUCGGGAAUUUCAAGGCGCUGGACACGUUGGAUCUCUCGUCCAACGGAUUCUCAGGAGUGGUGCCAAGAACCUUCAGGAACCUGACGAAGAUAUUCAACCUCGACCUUUCUCAUAAUUACCUCGUGGACCCGUUCCCGGAGAUGAACGUGAAGGGCAUAGAGUCCCUGGAUUUAUCCUACAACAGUUUUCAUCUUAAGGAAAUCCCAAAAUGGGUCACGUCGUCACCCAUAAUUUACUCUCUAAAGCUGGCCAAGUGUGGGAUCAAAAUGAGGUUGGAGGAUUGGAAGCCUGCGGAGACGUAUUUCUACGAUUACAUCGAUCUUUCGGAGAAUGAAAUUUCAGGGAGUGCUGUCGGGUUGUUGAAUCGGACCGGUUACCUCGUCGGAUUUUGGGCAUCGGGGAAUAUAUUAAAGUUUAAUUUGGAGAGUCUGGGGAUUGUAAACAGACUGAAGUAUUUGGACGUGUCCAGGAAUUUGAUGUUUGGGAAAGUGCCCAAGGCGGUCUCGGGGCUUGUGAAAUUGAAUGUCAGCCAUAACCACUUGUGCGGGCAGCUUCCGGCUACAAGGUUCCCGGCAAGUGCGUUUCAAGGAAACGACUGUUUGUGUGGCUCGCCGCUGCCACCAUGCAAAGUGUAGGCGGAGAUGCCACUAGCACUAGGAACGGAUAAUCGAAUAAAAUUUGAGAAUUGCGUUUGUCUUGGCCUCGAUGAUUCUUCAUUGUUACGAUAAUGCCAUUGAUUAUCGUAAACGGACGGUCUGAAUUUAUCACUUAAAAGAGUCUCCUGUGUGAAUGCUGGGACCUUAAAUGCGUGUAAGCGAC